CUCUCUUUUUUUUUAAAUUUUUCUUUUUUUAAUUAGUUCUUGUCUGCAAUUAUUGGGAGGAUCCAAGAAAUUAUAUUAUGGAAAAUUAAUCAAAAACAACUGUUAUUGUAUGAGUCUAUCUAUGAAUGAUUACAUGAAUAUAUUGUUGAAUUUUAUGUGCCCUUUUCCUGUAAUUUACAUUAUGAUGUUCUAUUUUCCACAUAAUAUAUUCUGUAAGAAUUGUCAUACUGCUAAGUAGUUUUUUCUUGGGAUUUUUUUGUUUUGGAAGUUUGAGCAUAUAAAUUUGGUAUCUUGAUGGGUAUGAAUGCUGAAUUAUGCUGUUUGUUAGAAGGGAUUUAUUGGAAAAUGGAAGAAAAUUAUCGAGGAGAUUUCGGCCCUUUUUGGUUGGGAGGAAUUGGGAGGAAAAGAAAAGAAAGGAAAGGUAAAACAUAGAUUCCUAUGUUUGGUUUUAAAAAUUAAAUGGGAUUUGAUAGGAAAUGAAGGGAAAUGAAAGGAAAGCUCCCUUCACAAAAUCUUCCCUUUCCUUUCCUCCCAAAAUUGGAGGAAUUUGGGAGGAAAGAAAGAAUUUAAAUCUAUUAAACUUAAAAUUGGUUUUCCCUUCCCUUUCUUUCCUUUACUAAUGUCAUACCAAACAAUAGAUUCCUCUCAAUUCCCUUCUUUUACUAAUAUCAAACCAAACAUUAGAUGAUAUAGUUUCUUUCCUUUCCCUUCUCUUCCUUUCUUUUCCCUUCCCUUCCUUUCCCUUUCUUUCCUUUACUAAUAUUGAACCAAACAUUCGAGAAAGUUCUUGACUUGUCCUUAUAUUAAGUUGUUGGGCACAUUGCAUUGUUUUUGUGAAUCAUAUAGGAGAAAGGAUGUAUGUUGUCAUUGCCCUGCAUUUAAAUUACUUUCCAGACAUUGUUAGCAUUGGUUUUGAAUUGUCUUAGUGUAGUAGCCAUAUUGAAUUAUUGUAUUUCAUAACACUGGUAUAAAGGGAUGAACUGUUUUUUUUUUUUUGCUUAUGUAGUCUUUGAUUGAUUAAGAGUAAAAUGAUAGUGUGUUGGAUCAUCCAUGUUAAGCUGUUUGAUCUGAAGUUUGAUUCUGUUAUGCUAGCUCGUGUUUCGUUGCCUUGAGAUAGACAUGGACGAUGUCAGUGUAUCUAAUAGCGAACUGUUGGAAACGACUGAUUCUGAAGAUGAUACAACCGACGUUUCUGAUGACAAAUUGCAUAAGGAAGGUGAAUCAGAGAGCCUUUCUGACAUUGAUGAUGCAGAGGUUGGCAGCUACUUAUAUGAUGAGAAAGAGAAGCAUUACAGGAAACAAAUUUGGGAAAUGAUGAAUAAAAAGUAUCUUCAGGAACAAGCCGAAAGAGUUGCUGCAGCUGCUAAUGGUACAAAAUUCAAAAGGGAGCUCAGAAAUAAGAGGACAACAGGUGUAAAGAAAUCCCAGUCUACAUCUAAAACAACUAGUCCAACAUCGCCUAAGAAGAGGCCCAACUCCAGAAUCAAUUAUGACGCACUGUCCAAAGUCCUAGAUGAACCUCUGCCUUCAGAUAGUUCAAAGAAGAGGCGGAGUGAACCAACUUUGGACAAACAUGUGGGCGAAAGUUCAAUUGGAACUCAGGUGAAUGAUGAUGCAGGAAAUGAAACCGAGGAUGAAGAAAAUGGCCGGGAAGAUCAUUCAAACUAUUCAGAAUAUAACAAUCAAGAGGAUGAGUACGACUACUAUGAUGAUAAUGAUGAUGGGUUCUUUUAAACUUCUUACUUAGUUUGGUUUCCUUGAAAUUUGUAAGGAGCCUUAAAGUCUUGUACUUUGGAACUAUAGUGUAGAUUGAUAUACACAGGAGAAAAAGAAAUAGGUAACAUGGCCACCAUAUUAUGGCAUAUUAUUUGUCCUUGCAACUCUGAUUGUUGAUGUUGUUUUAAAGUUCUGUUGA